GCCCAUGUGUCAGCUACAACCAUGGAGGACGAUUUGGAGAGGUUCUUAAUUUCUAGAGAAGUCCCAAAAGACGACAUUACACGAAUGAAGAGAGACAAGGUUGACAAAGCAGUGUUGUGCAUCAUGAGUGAUGAGCAAAUGUCGAAAUACAUAAACACAUAUGGUGAUAGAGUAGCUGUGCUAUCUUUCUGUGAACAAACACAGUGCCAAAGCAUCAGUAAAGACACUCUUUUAGAGAGAUUGAAAUAUAAAAUAGGGGCACGCAAAAUGAAAUCAAAGACAAGAGGAUCACCGAGUGGAACCCCAGACGAACUCCAAAAUACCAUGGCCAGAGAAAGAAAUAGGGCAGGAGAGAAGGCUUCAAGAAAGGUUGAAAUUGGAUGGCUUCAUUUUGGCAUUAAUGGAUACAGUCAAGUACGGACCAACAGUGGUGGAGGCACGAGACAUUCUACAAUGGCAAAAACAGCUACUGUUGCUCAGAUCAUGGAAUUAGGAAAAGAACUAUUUUUUCCUGAUGGGCAGUCCACAAAAGGGCGAGCUGAAGACUUCACGUUUGACAUCUGCGAUUUUAAAAGGAACAAGAUUCCCUUUAAUCACACUGUUGGCCAAAUGUAUGAACAAACUAAACUAAAACUUCUCAGAUUUUACAUCUGUACUAAAGAGGGAGCUCCAAAAGAUCACUCAUCUGAGGAAAAUGGUCAGUUUGAAGAUGGAUCUCAGUCAGUCAUCACAGAUCUGCAGGAUAGUUCAUAUUCAACUGAUAGUGACGGAAGCGCCCAGAUGCAACAAAGAUCAAAAAGGUUAAGGAAAAUAUCUGAGGAUGAGACAGCACAAAGUCCAGGUCCAUCACAUCCCUUUCAGUCAACCCCAACAGACAUAAAAAAUAGCAGCAUUGACGGAAGAGAAAACACGAGUGACGUCACUUUACCGGAACCGGGCCCCUUGUUUGACGAGGCAGAUACACUUGUGUGGAAUUCGGACGAUGAUGUGGUGGUUAUCAAUUUAAAACAUGUUGAGGAUGACACACAGAGGACAGAGUUGGGUGGUGCUCCUACACAGGUGAUAGAGCUUCUACUCCCUUCAGGUGAUGGCCUGCUUAACCUGGAUGAGCAGCAGUCCAUACACGAGGAAGCAGUGCAAGCUGCCCAGCUGGACAGUGGGCUAAAUUUCAAUUUGCCCUCUCAUUCAAGCAGCCACAUGCCAACAGACAGCAACCCAGGAAGUCCCCAGACCACACGGCGUGCUUCAGUUUGCAGGAUAAAGGUUGUUGAUGAUCUUUUGCCUGUAUUUACUGACAGCAGCAUCAUGAAUAUGACUUUAAAGAUGGACUUUGUCAACGAAAAAGCUAUUGAUGAUGCCGGAGUGUCUAGGGAGGUGUACACAGCCUUCUGGGAGCAAUUUCUUGAACAGUGUGAAGGAGAAACAGAGCGAGUUCCAAGGCUUAGGCCAGAUUUUUCUGAGGCUGAAUGGCAAGCAGUUGGACGGAUUUGGGUUAAAGGAUUUGUAGAUCAUGGUGUUAUGCCAGUAAAGCUAUCAAUGGCUUUUAUGUUAGCAUGCAUCAAUGGAAUUGACCAUGUUAACAGACAUCCUGAUGUCAUCAUUUCUCAACUACCUCCCUCCCAUUGAGAGAUCAGCUGUUGAGAAGGCUCUUCAGGGAACACUGGAUGAAAGUGAUCAAGAGGACUUGCUUGACCUUUUCACACGGAUGGGUUCCCAUUUCCUACCUCCAGAGAACAACAUGAAGCCUGCCAUAGAACUAAUGGCACACAAAGCAAUUCUCCAAGAGCCCAAAUUUAUUGUCGAUUGCCUCUCCACACCCAUGUCACUUGUGAGGUUUAAACUACCAGAUAAGGAAAGUGUGUUGAGUGUUUAUGAGUUAAAGAAGCCUACGGGCAAAAGAGUAAUGCAAUUGCUUGAAACUAAUAAGGUGGUGCUGUCUCAAAGAGAACAAACAACCUUAAACCAUCUCCAACGUUAGGUGAAAAAUGCUGAUCAAGCAAAAGCUGAGAAAAUCCUACGCUUCUGCACAGGUUCCUCAGUUAUGUGUUGAGAAGAUUAUGGUUAGCUUUAAUGCUGAAACUGGCCUCAACAGAAGGCCUGUUGCUCAUACCUGUGGAGCUACAAUUGAUGUGCCAUGUACAUACAGUUCUUACCCAGAAUUUCGGACAGAGUUUGACAAUAUCCUGUCCAGCAAUUACUUAGAAAUGGACAUCAUUUAAAUGUGGGACCAGGUUUAACUAGGCCAAGAAGUAACUGGCCUCAUGGUAUGGUUGAUAAUCAUUUAUG